UAUGACUGAAUGAAAGAGAGUAUCAAGACGAGACAAGAAGAAUUAGAGUGUGUACAUUUAAAGAAAUAUAUAAUUCCAACACAGAUAGAGAAGUUUUAAAAAUACACUAUAAUUUUUCUAACUGCUUUUUUAAUACUACGUUAUUUAAGUUAUGAGAAGCAAAGUUUAAACUGAUAUACGAUAUACAAUAUGGUUUAGAUAAAGAAUUGCGUUAUCUUUACAACUUUAAGAACAUAUACACAAAUAAAAAGAUUUUUUACAUUGAAAUCUUUGAUAGGACUGUAUGGAUAGCAUGCCAUUAAAACAAGAUUUUAAUUGAAAUCAGCUUUAAAAAACACUGACUGAAGUUUUAUUUUUUUAGCUUGUUUAACAUGUGCAAAUCAUAAAUCAAUGAAAAAAAGUCCUAGCUUUUUCUUUAUAGUUCUAUUUUCUUUUAACUUUAUUUUUUAUACUGGCAAGUCCUUGAUUGCUUUCAGCUUGGUAAACGGAGUAAGCGAGACAUGACUUUCUGAUAUUAAAUGAUAUUGUUUUACAGUUUUUUUUCUCCUUUGUUUUGGUCAUAUAUAUUUUUUAUUAAAGAGUGAAACAUACAUAGUUAAUAUAAAAAAAGGUGUAUAAAGAGAUCAAAAGGUGUUACGUAGAAAUAUAAAUAUAUUGAAGAAGUUACAAAACAGAAGAAAUAGGAGCAAAUAUAGAAAUUCAUCUGUUCCAAAGUAAUAUAAAGAUUUUUAAGGUGUCUAUAAUUGCUUUUACUAUGGCUACCAAUCUGGUUUGUUCCACGAGUUACACUAACAUGACAUCAAAUGCAUCGUUUGAUGUAGCAACACUAAAAUACAAUACAUCAGGAAACACAUCUAAAGUAGUUUGCGUCGACAUGUGUGAUGGAUUUCAUAAUGUUACGUCAGGGCAGAUCGUAUACGCCCUUUUCAUGGUGGUUAUUUUACUGACCAGCUUAAUUGGAAAUUUGUUAGUAGUUGUUGGUGUUUUGAUGUCUCCAAGUUUGAAGAAACGAGUAACGUCAAAGUUCAUUGCAAGUCUAGCUUGUUCUGACUUUUUGUACGCUGCAUUGCUUAUCCCAUUCCGAAUAUCCAUACAGCUACACGAUUCAAGGUUUUGUCACAGUGUUGCAACUUGCUACUGGUACAUAAUAUCUGACGUAUUUUGCAAUACUGCAAGUAUCAUGAAUCUUCUUGUACUUGCGCUUGACAGAUUCGUCGCCAUUAAGUUUCCCUUCCGUUACACAGAUUGGGUGACACAGACACGCGGGAAAAAGGUUUUAGCGUUCCUGUGGUUCUUUGCAGCUAUGAUGAGUUGGAUAGGUAUAUUCGACUGGACUGGGACCGGAAGCGUUUAUAUAACGCGCCUUUGCGGUAAUAUGAACCGGACGUUUUAUUUGGCUGUCUUUUUAGGCGUCUAUGUGACCUCACUCAUCAUAAUAACAAUUGUGUAUUUUGAGAUUCUGCAUAUCGCUUUAUCUCAUAUAAAAUCCAUCGAGAAAACAUCUAGUAUGCGUAAGUGGGAAAACAAUAAUAAAACAGGCAAACCACAGGGGAAGAAGAAAAAUUUAAGUAAAAAACGAAGACGAGAAUGGAAAACAACGAAGUCCUUGGCGAUAGUGUACGGAACGUUUGUCAUCUGUUGGCUUCCUUCAUGCAUCAUUGUUACAAUAAACAAUAUUGAUACAAAUUUCUUUUACAAUUUUAAAGUGAAAAACUACAACGCAUUCAUGUUCACUUUUUAUGCAUUCAUUGAAGUUCUUCCCGUUCUCAAUACAGCUUUAAAUCCAUUUAUUUACAGUUUCUCAAACAAGCAAUUUCGUUCCGCCUUCAAGCGAGUUUUAUAUAAACUGUUCAGACGGCAACUACCUCGAGACUUCGAGAAUGUAUCUUUAUCGUAUGGCGAUUCAAGAAGGAAGAAGAGUAGUUUGAGUAGUAUGAUAGGUGAACUUGGACGACUGAGUCAGAGAAGCAAAGUAAGUCAAAGUUCCACACAUUCCAGUUUAGACAUGUUUAAUAAUGGAUUUUACCAUCAGAAGUCUAGAGGAUGGUCGCAAACCAGUUUAAAUCCUAAUGAAAGUAAUUUUUAACCAACAUUUUGUAUAUAUCUAUAUGUGUUUUUCUAAUCAACUUUUAAGUUUUCAAGCAUUUAUUGAACAGCUUGUAUCUCAAUGCUUUUAACCCUCAACCUUUCGUCAUUGAGCCUGUCUCCUGUCCACUCGUUUUAGCAGCGUUGAAAAAGUUGAGCACUUUUAGAUUGGAAACUUCAUUUUGUUUCAUACGGCAGUGUACUUUGAUACCUCAAGGAUUACGAGUUACGCUUAACAAAGAGCACGUCUUUAGUUCUUGUUGUGACACCAAUUGACUUCGAAAUCUAAGGGUAAGGGAAAAUAUUAUUCUACAUCAAAAGAAUCUGUUACAGAUGUAUCAAGCUUUUAAAUUUAUAUUUUUCCAUCAAACAUUUCCCUCCUGCUAAUUCGUCCUUCGUUCGUAGACAGGGUUGGGAGGGGGGUUCACACUAGAAUAAAUCAUGCUUAUUAUAAAAAUAAAGCAUGCUUUGACUAAAGCAAGUUGCCGGUAACAUCAAAGGGAGAGUUGUAAACAAAAUUUAAAACAAAGCGUUCAUGUUGUUUUUCUCACAUACGAAUGAACUUUCACUUUCAUAACACACGCUCAAAAUCCUCACUUUUGAUAUUCAAAUAUUUGUGCAUAAUUUUUAUUCUAUUAUUUCAUGUACUUAUAGCAGCUAAAGCAAAAAUAAAGAGUGACUCGAAGCACUCUAAAUCUUUGCUUUAUUUAAAGCAUGUUUAAAGGUAGUAAACAUAAUUUGAAAGGCAUUUUAAUAAAACAAAAAUGCGUUCACAUUAUUAAGCGCGCUUUAUAUCGUGCUUUAAAUUAUAGCAUGCUUAAAAAAUUAUAGUGUGAAUCCCCCCCCCCCCCCAUUUUUGGCUAUACUAUUUCGUCACAAUAGUCUAAUGUGACUAAUGGCGUAAAGAAGAUACAAAAUUUCUACUUUCACACUUGUAAAUAUAGUUAGGCGAUAGUAAUAUUUAUUGCAAACCUUGGGACCUGCUUUUUUGCUCUACGACUUGUUUGAACUGGCCAUAUCCAUUGUUUAUUGUUGCUCAACGUCUCCAAAAAAUGGUCAUUUAUUUUGAUUUUAGAAUGUCAUGCACAACAUGUUUAGAAUUUUUACAUUUUUUUGUCGUUAUUGUAUAUAUUUUAACAUAUUUUAAUAUAAUAACUUUUACAAUA